UAUCUCUCUUUAGAAAAGAACAGAAAAGAAACAGUAUUGAGUUUCUUUUGUUUGCUUUUGAUGUGAAGAAAGAAGAUUAUAUUGGUCGAUCGGUUUUGUUCUCAAACCUUGAAACAAAAAGGACCCUGUUUCUUUGGAUCCAAUAGCCAAAACCCAUCUCUUCAAAAAAUCAAAAACAUUUGCAUGCUUUUUCACGUCUGCAGUUAGUGUGGGUGCAAAUUGAAGCUCAGAGAAGUGUGGGAAUGGAGAAACUAUAGAUGAAGGUUUUGUUUUGUUUUUUCUAAUAAGAGAGAGCACGCUGUUUGUUUCGUACAUGUUUCCUUACAAAUGGAGAACUACCGAGGCGAAGGUGAUUUAAACGACAUAGUUCGGGCAAGUGGUGGUGGUGGUCCGUUGAGCUGUGUCACUAGUCAAGGCUCAGAUAUGGUUCCUACUUCAACCUGGCAGCGAUUCCCAUCGGAUCCAUUGAAUUUCUCUUCUUCAGCCAUGGAAGGUUAUGGUUUAAACGCUUUUGGUGACCCUUUCUCGAGUGUCUCCGAUCCACUUGUUCAAGAGCUUGACGUGCCUGCUGGUUCGACAUACUUCACCAGCCCUAAUUCAGCCGAUCAUCAUCGCAUCAUCAGUACCAGUUCGACCACCGUUGAUGAUGCAACCAACUUCCCCGAUUCAACAACAAUCGUGGGUCAAAGCAAGCUGUUUGAAGAAGAUACGCGGAGUCCUUGGAACGUAUUUUCUCGGAUUCAGAUCUCCCCAGUAAGCUCAAGUAAGCUACCUUUGUCGCCCUGUGAUUCGCCGAUGACGGCUCCUUCCACGGGUGUUUCCCCGAGGGGAAUUAAGGCGCCUGCUGUACUUCCAAGCGACAUGAUUAAUGCCAAAACCGCCUCCAAACAUUGCUUGAUUGAUAACACUGGCCCAGUGCAGAUCUCAUCUCCGCGGAAUCUGGGUAUCAAGAGAAGGUUAGGAAAGAGCCAGGUUAAGAAGGUGGUUUGUAUUCCAGCACCAGCAGCUGCAAACAGCAGGUCUAGUGGAGAAGUAGUUCCUUCGGAUCUGUGGGCAUGGAGAAAAUAUGGGCAGAAACCCAUCAAAGGUUCCCCUUAUCCAAGGGGAUACUACAGAUGCAGCAGUUCCAAAGGCUGUUCUGCAAAGAAGCAAGUGGAGAGGAGCCGAAAUGAUCCCAACAUUCUUGUUAUCACCUAUACGUCGGAGCACAAUCAUCCAUGGCCGACUCAAAGGAAUGCUCUCGCGGGAUCCACAAGGUCUCAGCCAUCCAAAACCAAUAAUGCUUCUUCUGCCCCCAAGGAUGAAGACCUUAAGGAGAGCAGCAACGAUGCAUUGUCUCCCACUAAUGUACCUGCUGCUGUCAGCUCAUCUGCUAAAGAAGAGAGCGAUGGCAUGGAGAAGCAGCUGGAAAUGCACGAUGGUGAAUUCACCCAACGAAUCCCUCAAAAUUACAAGCCAUCAUUAAUGGCAGACUCCCAGCAGGCCGAGGAUUUAUUUGCUGAAUUGGAUGAGAUAGAGACAGACCCUCUUAACCUAUUGUUUCCACAAGGAUUCGAUCAGGAUGAGCAGAAAGAAAAGAAAACAAUGGACCCUUUUGGUUUGUUUGAUUGGCCAGGGAACAACAAUGCUUCUUUCUAAUUAAAAUAAAGUUCAUUAACCUUGAUUUUGAAGCUUAAUUCAGAUUCAAAGGUUAUGUUUUGUUGCUAUUAAGUAUUCACCGGCUAGAAUAAGUACGGAGAUUAGGGAAAAGGCCCACAUUCGUUUUGGAUGGGACAGAAAGCUGAGGAACAGAAGGUUUCAAUAGUGCAAAAGAAAUACGUGCCAUCAGAUCAGACAUGACUGGAAAAACUCAGGCAGCAGAUUGAUUUAGGAUGGGACUUGCCCUUCCUUCUUUAUUUCUGUUCUUUUACUAAGGAAAAGGAGGAGAGAAGGGGGGAAAACCCAUUAUUAAAAUGCUUUGAUGGUGAUGAAAUAGGUGGUAAAAAAAGUCGUUUGAAAAACUUGACUUUUCUUGUCAAAUCUUAUUGUCUAGGGAUAUGUGCAAAUGGGUGAGUAAGAUU